AUGGCAGAAGACAAACUUUGCUUACCAUUAAGUUCAAUUGACGAACGUAUUGAGACGGUUUCGGAUUUAGCUGAUGAACAAGCUGAUGAGUUUAAACUCAAAAAAGUCGGUAUUAUUAUGAAUGGCGUAACUGGACGCAUGGGUACGAAUCAGCACUUAAUUCGCUCCAUUAUGGCUAUCAUCGCUCAAGGUGGCGUAAAGAUCGGUGAACAGGAAACUAUUAUGCCAGUUCCCGUUUUAGUUGGUCGCAACAAAGACAAGUUAGAGAAACUGGCUGCCCAGAUCGGUGUUAAACACUGGACCACUAAUUUAGAUGAAGCACUGAUGGACGCAGGAAAUAUUAUUUAUUUUGAUUCUCAACUUACAAAAUUGCGUGUUCCAGCAGUGAAAAAAGCGAUUGCGGCAGGCAAACACGUCUAUUGUGAAAAGCCAGUUGCGGAAACAGUUGAAGAUGCCUAUGAACUUUAUAAAUUAGCACAAGAAGCAGGAGUCAAGCAUGGUGUCGUACAAGAUAAGCUGUGGCUGCCCGGACUUCAGAAGCUGAAGCUGUUGAAAGACAAUAAUUUUUUUGGCCGCAUUCUUUCGGUGCGUGGUGAGUUCGGCUAUUGGGUAUUUACUGGAGAAGAUGAAACAGUGCCUCAGCGCCCUUCAUGGAAUUACCGGAAGGAAGACGGCGGGGGUAUUAUUCUCGAUAUGUUGUGUCAUUGGCGCUAUGUGCUGGAUAAACUAUUUGGUGAAGUCAAAGCCGUCUCGUGCCUCGGCGCAACUCAUGUCAAACAGCGUUGGGAUGAAAGUGGAAAGCCUUACACAUGUACAGCAGAUGACUCAGCGUAUGCGAGCUUCGAAUUAGCUGAUGGCAUCAUUGCACAUUUCAAUUCAUCGUGGUGCGUCCGAGUCAGGCGUGAUGACUUGUUAACUCUAUGGGUGGAUGGCACUCAUGGUUCUGCUGUAGCUGGGCUGCGCAGCUGCUAUAUCCAGCCUUGUGGCGUGACGCCACGUCCAGUCUGGAACCCUGAUAUUAACAGUCCUCUUGACUUCAGAGAGGGAUGGACACUUGUACCUGAUAAUCAAGUGUAUGAUAACGCCUUUAAGAUCCAAUGGGAAUUAUUCCUGCGCCAUGUAGUGAAAGACGAACCAUUCCCCUGGGAUUUGCGUGCCGGGGCCAAAGGUGUCCAGUUGGCUCAAAAAGGCUUAGAAUCAUGGCAAAAACGUUGUUGGGUGGAUAUUCAAGACCUUCCUGUCUAA